UUUCCACUGAGUUAUUCUGUGUAUUUCUUGGGGAAGGGUGUGACGUCGGCGGGCGUAACGGCGACGCAACAGCUUCUCGUGAGCGCUGCAACCCGAGGGCGCCUGGGGGAAGCGCGCCCAAGACAUCGCGCGGUGAUGUUGCCGAAAACGUCCACCCGGCCUAGGGGCACCUCGGCUUGAUUUUCAGGAGGUGUGCUUCAGACUUCCUGAUAGAGGGUAUUAAUGUGUCCACCAACUCAAAAUCGUUGUAUUGCUAAGACUGGGGACGCUGUUUUCUUUCACAAAGGGAAAUCUAAGUUCAUUUCAAGGCAUUCGAAAUGGGGAAAGACUAUUAUUACAUUUUGGGAAUUGAAAAAGGAGCUUCAGAUGAAGAUAUUAAAAAGGCUUACCGAAAACAAGCCCUCAAAUUUCAUCCGGACAAGAACAAAUCUCCUCAGGCAGAGGAAAAAUUUAAGGAGGUCGCAGAAGCUUAUGAAGUAUUGAGUGAUCCUAAAAAAAGAGAAAUAUAUGAUCAGUUUGGGGAGGAAGGGUUGAAAGGAGGAGCAGGAGGUACUGAUGGGCAAGGAGGUACUUUCCGGUACACCUUUCAUGGAGAUCCUCACGCUACCUUUGCAGCAUUUUUUGGAGGUUCCAACCCCUUUGAAAUUUUCUUUGGAAGAAGGAUGGCUGGCGGAAGAGAUACUGAAGAAAUGGAAGUAGACGGAGACCCUUUCAGUGCCUUUGGAUUCAGCAUGAAUGGAUACCCAAGAGACAGGAAUUCUGUGGGACCAUCCCGUCUCAAGCAAGAUCCCCCAGUUAUUCAUGAACUUAGAGUAUCACUUGAAGAAGUAUACAAUGGUUGUACCAAAAGGAUGAAGAUUUCUCGAAAAAAGUUAAACCCUGAUGGAAGGAGUUACAGAUCUGAGGACAAAAUUCUCACAAUUGACAUUAAAAAAGGAUGGAAAGAAGGCACCAAAAUUACUUUUCCGAGGGAAGGAGAUGAAACACCUACCAGUAUUCCAGCAGACAUUGUUUUUAUCAUUAAAGAUAAAGAGCACCCAAAAUUUAAAAGGGAUGGAUCAAAUAUAAUUUAUACUGCUAAAAUUAGUUUGCGAGAGGCAUUGUGUGGCUGCUCAAUUAAUAUACCAACAAUGGAUGGAAGAACCAUACCUAUGUCAAUAAAUGAUAUUGUGAAACCUGGAAUGAGGAGAAGAAUUAUUGGAUAUGGGCUGCCAUAUCCAAAAAAUCCUGACCAACGUGGUGACCUUCUAAUAGAAUUUGAGGUGUCCUUUCCAGAUACGAUACCCUCAUCAUCCAAAGAAGUACUUAGGAAACAUCUUCCUGCCUCAUAGAAUGAAAAACUUUGUUACUCAUAUUUUGAUAAGGCACUGAAAAUAUACAAGGACUGACAGUUUACUGAUGUAGAUGUGAAUUCUGUAUAAAGAUGUAUAAAUUAUUUUGAGGGUUCAUUAAUUUGCAUGAAGAGAAACGGGUCAAAUAAAUAGGCAAAAAGGAUUUUUACAGUUAGAGAUGAAGAGAAAACCAUUCACUGUAUUUUAUUCCAUUUCUCCCAAGUAAGAAAUUUUUAGUAUUUUUGCCUAUGUGUAAAAUUUGUUUUUGUGGAGUUAGUAGAUAAAUUUCUUACAAGUAUUAAACUACCCAAGUACUUUUUCUCCUUAUAUUUUCACGUUAUCAGUAUGACUGGUUCUCAUUUAUAAUGGAAAUUUAAACUCUCAACUAAUAUAUAUGUGAUAUGUAUUUCUAGAAGAGAGUAAAAACCCAUGUCAUUUGGAAAUGUGGUUAACUGUAUUUAAAUCACCAACUGAAAUGCUGCUAUCGGGCUGGUACCCAUAAAGUAAUAUCCUAAUACAUUUGUUUCACUAUUUUAAUUUUUAAAGUAUGCGGUUAUGUUUCUUAAUAGUGUAAUUGUAAUGUUCUUAAGGCAAAUCUUUUCUUCAUAAAAAGGAAAUUAAUGGCAGUAUAUCUCCUGUGGAAAUCCAAUUGCCUGAAUUACUGAUAUUUUAGAAAUAGACUGUUUUUAAAAUGCCAUGUGUAAUUUUAUGAAAGUUACUACACAUCUUGGACUUAAUAAAUUAGAGACACAUUUUAUUGUCCCCUAGUUUAAAAUAAUUUGUUUAAUAAUAAAUAUGUUUUUAGAGGAAAUAUCAUUACUUAGAAUUAAUUUUCCAGUUACACAGUCUUCUAUAACUUACUCGUAAUAUGCUACAUGUACCUUAUGCAAUUUCCCUAAAAAGAAUAAACUACCACUGUGGUGUUAAACCAAAAUAUGGGGAAAAUAAACACUAACUGCUACUUACGAAUGAUGUUGCUACUACUUGUUAUGCAUAUAAAUAUUUUACUUUUUCAUAUGUAUGGUUUGCAUUUCUUAGGUGUUUUAAUUUUUUAAAUAUAUUUACAUUU